AUGCGUCAUACUUGUUCAUCAAAACCUGCAAAAUACAUUUCCGUUACAAGAAAGAAAAGUGAACGUGCUAAAUUAAAAGCUACUGAUUGUAUUGAAUGUCGUGAUGUUAGCAACGACGAUGCCGACGGACAAUUUAAAAAACCAUUGAACCGUGUUUGA